GCAGCCGUCGCGGCGACCACGCUCGCCGCCGUGCCCCGGCGGCGCGCGCCUUGCGGCGGCGCGGCUCCCGGCGGGCGCCGCCCCGCGGGCCUCGGCGGGCAGCCCCAGGCCUGCGAGCGACGGGCCGACCGACGAGGUGGCCCGCCGCAGACGGGCGCUGCUUGACCGGGAGGGCGAGCUCAGCAUGCAGAUUACCUUGUUGGAGGCCCUGAAGGCGCAGGCUCUGGCGCGGCCGGUGCCCUCUGCCCCCGCCGGCUCGCGAGCGCGGGCGGCCCUGCUGGAG